UUAAGUCAAAUAAAAAAAGGCCUACCGAAAUGUGCGUGAUAUCAAAGGUGUACAAAAUUUAACAUUAAAAACAACAACACUAAAUGUUUCACUGGCUACUGAGCACCAAAUUGUUCCACUGCACGCGUCCUUGUUUUGAGGAAUCAAUAAAUUAACAAGCAAAGCAACAACGACAAUUGAAACUUGUGGCAAAUAGAACUAGACGAAACUAGAAUGGCAGAAGCAAUGGUUGUAGAGGAGCGGACGGCGACGCCGAAGCGUUUCUUUUGUCACAUGUGCAAUGUGGAAAUUAACAUUCCGAACACCGACUACACUUGUCCGCUGUGCUCAAACGGAUUCGUUGAAGAACUGCCAGCCAAUGCGCCUGAAUUGUCAGCUUCCACCUCUAAUAGCGCCUCCAUAAGUGAUGCCGGUAACAUAGGUACCAGUUUUAGUCCCGGCGGUAGUGGUAUCCUCAAUGUUGAGUCUUUAAGGAACGACAUUGUGUCACUGCUUAGCAUGCGAAAUGUGCCCAAUCUGGAAAUAACUAUUGAGCCCAAUCGCCGGCAUGUCUUGGGUUUGGGUAGCGGUGGUGGUGCGGCAACUCCUGGCAGCAACAUUGGCGGUGGACGCGUGCGACCUGCAAAUCUGGAUCGUUUGGAUAAUGUCUUGUAUGAUUUUCUGCAGAGUUUGCCAUUGUCAGGUGCUACUGCCGAAAUUGUAGCCGGGCCUGGAGGCAGUGUUGGUACUGGAAAUUCGCAUAUGUUUUUUAUGGGCAAUCCAGGUGAUUAUGCUUGGGGAAGGGAGGGUCUAGAUACAAUUGUUACUCAGAUGCUUAAUCAAAUGGAGACAUCUGGCCCGCCGCCGCUAUCCACGCAGCGCAUCAACGAAAUACCAAAUGUAAAAAUCAGUGCCGAAGAAGUAGAACGCAAAAUGCAGUGCUCUGUUUGCUGGGAUGAUUUUAAGUUGGAUGAAUCCGUACGCAAGCUACCCUGCUCGCAUCUUUAUCACGAGAAUUGUAUUGUGCCAUGGCUGAAUCUACACAGCACCUGUCCCAUCUGCCGCAAAUCGCUGGCCAAUGACGAUGAUACCGAAGGCACCGACGAGGACUAUGUCUGGUUGAACAAUAUGGUGGAGACCGCCAAUAGGUCCAGAGCUCAAUCAGCACAGAGCAAUACAUCUAGUCAAACAACAACAACAACAACAGCCGCCGCAGCAGCACCAGCAGCAGCAUCGCAGUCGGCAACAGCUGCAGCUCCCAAUCAGCUCAACAACGUGUUCACUUUUGAUGAAGACAAUAUGAAUUUGGACUAAUUCCAUCUGUGGAAGAGUCGCUUGUAGGCUACGAUUGAACGAGCAUACGAAACCUGAUAUUCAAAAUUCAACCUAGCACACAAAAUCCAAAACCGUUUCUUAUAUUCAUAAAAUUUUUCCUAAAAAAUAUUA